GAGCUGCGCUGGCUGCGCUUGGCUGAGCAGGAGUAUUCUCUGCAGCACACCAGGGAGCAGGACUUUGAGAUGAACGGCCGAGCCCUUUGCAUCCUCACCAAGGAUGACUUCCCACUCUGCUCCCUGGGUUCAGCUGACGUUCUGUAUGAGUUGCUCCAGUACAUCAAGACCCAGCGGUUGGCCGUGGCAUGUGGGCCCUUUUUCGGAAGGGCUUUCAGGCAGAGGGUGCCCACUCAGCCCUUCCCCUGCUGCCUGGAAGAAUCGAUGGUGCUCCUCUGCUUGCAGAGGGGAUCGGGGCCUCCGCAGCAGCCACCAGCCCUAGGGCUUGCCAGCUCCUUGAGCCAUGUGGAUGCCCCUGGCCUGGCCAGCUGGCCCCUCAGCAGGCAGGAGUCCCUCAGUUUAUCUCACUGUGUGGAGCUCAGCUGCAGGGUUGAGGGAGUCUCCUCCUUCCCCACGAUGCCACAGGCCCCCAUUGAUGGCAGGAUCCCUGGUGAACUCUGCCAGCUGCUGUGGGAUUACACGUAUCAGCUGCUCUCUGACACCUGGUACGAGCCCUACAUCAAGUGGGAAGACAAUAAUGCCAAGAUCUUCUGAGUUGUGGAUCCAAAUGGGCUUGCCAGAUUCUGGGGAAACCACAAGAAGCAGGUGAACGUGACCUAUGAGAAGAUGUCACAUGCCUUGUGCCCCUACCAUAAUCUGAACAUCAUUAAGAAGGAACCCGGGCAGAAACUCCUGUUCAGAUUUCUGAAGACACCCAGGAAGAUCAAUCAGGACAAGGGCAGCAGCAGGGAGCUUCUGGAGAGCCAGGAGCAGGACAGGUUUUCAGUCCUUGGCGACUCUGAUCAUGACCCAGUAAAGAUCGCCCACCCCGCCCACAUCCUGGCUUCCUAUGCUCCUAAACCUGUAUCUGCCAAUUGA